GAGAGGCAUGAGUGUGGUGUUAGUGCUGCUUCCUAUGGUGCUGUUUGUUAUGCUUGCGGGGGCUCAGCGAGCUUGCCCCAAGAACUGCAGAUGCGAUGGCAAGAUUGUGUACUGCGAAUCUCAUGCAUUCAGAGACAUCCCUCAGAAUAUUUCUGGAGGGUCUCAAGGCUUAUCGUUACGGUACAACAGCAUUCAGAAGCUUAAAUCAAAUCAGUUUGCGGGCCUGAAUCAGCUCAUAUGGCUUUAUCUUGACCAUAAUUACAUCAGCUCCGUGGAUGAGGAUGCAUUUCAGGGGAUCCGCAGGCUGAAGGAAUUAAUUCUAAGCUCCAACAAAAUUACCCAUCUGCACAACAAAACGUUUCACCCGGUCCCCAACCUCCGCAAUCUGGACCUCUCUUACAACAAGUUGCAGGUGCUGCAGUCUGAGCAGUUCAAGGGCCUUCGUAAACUCUUGAUCUUGCAUUUGCGGUCUAACUCGCUGAAAACCGUGCCGAUCCGAGUUUUCCAAGACUGCCGAAACCUUGACUUUCUGGAUUUGGGCUACAACCGCCUGCGGAGCUUAUCCCGUAAUGCUUUCGCUGGCCUUUUGAAGUUGACAGAGCUCCACUUGGAGCACAACCAGUUUUCUAAGAUCAAUUUUGCCCACUUUCCACGCCUCUUCAACCUCCGCUCCAUUUAUUUGCAGUGGAAUAGGAUCCGGUCUAUUAGCCAAGGGUUAACGUGGACUUGGAGUUCCUUGCACAACUUGGAUUUAUCAGGAAAUGACAUUACAGGGAUAGAGCCUGGGACCUUCCAGUGCCUCCCCAACCUGCAAAAGCUGAACCUGGAUUCCAACAAACUCACCAACAUCUCUCAGGAGACCAUCAAUACGUGGAUCUCGCUCAUCUCCAUCACUCUGUCCGGAAAUAUGUGGGAAUGUACUCGAAGCAUUUGCCCUCUGUUUACUUGGCUUAAGAAUUUCAAGGGAAAUAAAGAAAGCACUAUGAUAUGUGCAGGCCCUAAACAUAUCCAGGGUGAAAAGGUGAGCGAUGCUGUGGAAACAUAUAAUAUCUGUGCUGAAAUCCAGGUGGUGGUUACUGAGAGAUCGUACCAGACACCCAAAACCCCCCAGAGACCUGUCUUCAUUCCUAAACCUACCGUUUCCAAACUUGAAAGCAAUCAGCCAACAUCUGUUAUGCCGAGCCCUUCUGCAGACCUCCCGACACCUGGAGUGGAACCAGAGUACGAGCACGUUUCCUUUCACAAAAUAAUCGCUGGGAGCGUGGCCCUCUUUCUUUCCGUGGCCAUGAUUUUGUUGGUUAUCUACGUGUCGUGGAAGCGCUAUCCAGCCAGCAUGAAACAGCUCCAGCAGCACUCGCUCAUGAAGAGGCGCAGGAAAAAGGCCCGAGAGUCCGAAAGGCAAAUGAACUCCCCUUUACAGGAGUAUUACGUGGACUACAAGCCAACAAACUCUGAGACCAUGGAUGUAUCGGUUAAUGGAUCUGGGCCCUGCACGUAUACCAUCUCUGGCUCCAGGGAAUGUGAGGUUCCUCACCACAUGAAGACUUUACCCUAUUACAGUUACGACCAACCAGUGAUCGGAUACUGCCAAGCUCAUAAGCCUCUCCAUGUAAAUAAGGGGUACGAUGCCAUGGCCCGGGAGCAGGCUGAGACAACCAACCUGGAACUCAGUCGAGACCACAGCUUCAUAGCUACAAUCGCGCGUUCGGCUGCUCCGGCCAUUUACAUUGAGAGAAUACCAAACUAG